CAGACAACGGUAGCACUCUCACCCACCACGCCCUGCCUUAAACAUGUAUUGUGACGUAGGUGUUGUGUUUACCUACAGUUAGUGUUUACCCGAAGUAGUGUUGAAGUGGUGUGAAGGGGAAUUAAUUAAACGGCAACAUAAAAGCGUCGUUAUAACUCUUUUUUUUUAUAUAUCUUUGAUGGUUAUGAAAUGGAAAAGAAUUUGGUUUGAGAAAUUUGUUUUGCCUUGUGUUGUGCGAAUUACCGUUUGAUAGUUGAUCUGUGAAGCGAGUGUUUUUGAAAAUACUGUUUAUUUAUUUUUUUGUCAUCGGUUUCUGGAAGAAAAUAUAAUCAUCUAAAUAUCUAUAUGAAAAAAUGGAGAAAUAAUUUAAAAAAAGGUAUAACAAUGGGAUGAAGAAGAAAUAAAAAUACAUUUCGCAUAUAUAUAUAUAUUUACGAAUAGUGAAUAGUGAAAAAAAACAACAACAAAAACAAGAUCAACAACAACAACAAUCCAGGCGGCAACUCGAAAGAUUUCUUCAUUGUCAACAUCUCUUGUACAACACUACCACCUGCUCGAGCCUCCCCGUCGUCAUACCAAACAUAUUUUCCAAUAUACCUGCUACAGCGGUACCGUAUUCCUUUUUUUUUGUCGGUAUAAUAACAGUUGCCAAAAUGAAAAAGGAAGAAUUGCUUUUGGAGGAUAGUGGAGAUGCAGACGACUACAAGUACGACCCCAGAUAUCCUUACGACUAUGGGACUCGUCCUGACUAUGGGAGUCGCCACAGCUCCCUUCGCAGCAAGAACCGAGUUGUCUUCGUGGAACCCGACGAAGAGAGCGUGUCCAGCCAGUUCUGGGAGUCGAACCCUUGGCUGGAAGAACUCAUUGCAUUCGUGAAGGAAAGAGGACCUACGCUAUUGGUCGUGUUAAUGUUGGGAGGUCUGGGCAUCUUCUGUACCCUCGCGGGAUGGUGGCUGCUGGCAGUGGCCGGCGCCCUCAACUACCUCGGCGGGAUCAUCGUGCAAGGGGUGGUGCUGCCUGUAGUUGGACUCAUCCUGCUGAUGAUGUCUAUGAUGGUCUUCCGCACCAACUGGUCGUCCUUUAAGAAGGAACCCGAGGGUGUCUCCGAAGUCUUCGACGCAGAUCCCACAACGCUGAACAAAGUCAUUGUCAGGCCAAGCUGCCUGGUGAACAGCGACACCAGAUUCCCGAGGCCAAGCCAGAUGACGGAUGAUAUGAAAUUCCAGGACGUAAAGCUUCCUAUACGUAACUGGGAGACAGAUACCUAGCGACUAUACAAUGAAAGUUCUCGGAGCGCAUUUGGAUUGGUUUUAUAACUUGUUUUGUUGUCUCUUUGCUUUUCUUUUCUUUUUACUGCGUGUUAAUAUGUCUCUUGUUAUGUCUUGUUUUCAAACUUUUUUUUUUCUUUUCAUUUAUGUAGGAGGACUCUCUCCUUUCUCUCCUCCCCUCCCUUUCCCUGACUCUCACUCUCUCUCUCUCUCUCUUCUUGUUCUUCCCACUUUUUACUCUCUCUAGGUCCUUGCUUUAAAAAAUAAUUACUGUUAUCUGCUAAGGAAAAUAUUGUCUUUCAUCAUGUAAGUGUAAAUGUAAUGUAAACAGUACAAAUGGUUGAUAUUUGCAAUAUGCACAACAAGGUUGUGCCUUUUGCAAAUAUUGUGUUGUGAGGAUUGUAAUGAAAGAAAUAACAUAUAUUUGUAUAUAAAACAUAGCCCAUUUAAGAAUCCAUAAUGAUAAAAACCUUUUGCUCUCGUUUUGUUUCCUAUGAGCAAAACUGAUGAUACAAAUGGCUACAGAAGCAUAUUUUUAUAGCUUAUUUUCU